AUGGAUCUCCAGACCAUCCAUCUCCCUUCUAUUAGAGGCCUGAGCAAUCUCAAAUCAAAGAAGAAAAUGGAUCUCACUGUCUUAUCCAAGAAGAGUUCUAUUGUAAAUGUGAUGUAUAGCUCUAAGUUCAAGCUUCAGUGGCAGAAAUUCUACGCUAUGUUUAUUAAGAAAAUGUUAUUCACUUGGCGCAACUGGAAGAUGAUGAUAGCACAAUCAGUUAUUCCUCUGCUUUGUAUCAUAUUCAUUAUUGAAAUCUUUAAAAUGGAUACAGAGUCAACAACAAUCCCCAUGUUACGUCUGACUUUGAACCGGUAUGGCCGUACAACUGUGCCUUUCUUCAUCUCCAAGACAUCUAGGCUGCAUCCAAACCUCUCAGAUCACAUUUCAAACACUAUUCAAGCUGAGGGACAUGUGCCACUGGAAGUUAUGGAGCCUAUAGAAGAUUUCCUGAUACUGAAGGCAAAAGAGGAAUCUGACACCUUUGAUGAAAACUUUCUUAUGGCAAUGUCCUUUCAAGACGAGGAGGAUCAAACAGUCAUCACUACUCUGUUCAAUAACCAGGCGUACCAUACUGCUCCCAUGGCCUUGGCAAUGGUGGAAAAUAUUCUCUACAAGUUUUUUUUUGGCUCCAGGGCCUCCAUUACAGUCACCAAUGAACCUGAGCUUCCACGUCUCGUUGAGGCUUCUUAUAUUAGGCUCUUUCAGGUCUCCAAGGGACAUUUUCUUUCCAUUUCCAUGGUUUUUGGAAUGUCAUUCGUAGUCAGUUCAUUUGCCAUUCUGGCAAUCAGUGAUCGAGUCUUAAGGUCAAAACAUAUCCAGUUUAUCAGUGGAAUCUCUCCAGUUCAUUACUGGCUCUCUUUCCUGUUGUGGGAUUUAAUCACCGUCUUCCUUAACAGCUUGCUACUAUUGUGCUUGAUGAAGGUCAUAGAUGAAAAAGCUUACAUCCAAAGCAGACACCCUGAAGCUGUCGUACUGACGCUCUUGCUGUAUGGCUGGUCUGUCAUCCCGUGCAUGUACCUGAUGAGCUUCUUCUUCUCUGGUCCUGCUUCUGGGUGUGCCAAACUCAUGAUUCUGAACGUCAUUACAGGCAUCGUUCCAUUCGUCAUUUUCACCAUCACAGGGCGACAUGCUCUAUACUUUCAAAAGCUUAGCAACAAGUUGGAUGUUUUAUUCCAGUUACUACCAAAUUAUGACCUAUCAAUGGCUUUCUCCAAUUUGUAUUAUAACUAUGAAAUCAAACGGUUCUUGUCAUCAGGGGCUACUAUUUCAAUGAAGUGUCAAUGACUCACUUUAGGCCAUGGUUUUAUAAAUCAAGAGAAUAUCUACGCAUGGCAGUCUCUUGGGAUUGGAAAGUAUUUGACCUGCAUGGCUAUAUCUGGCCUUGUUUUUCUCCUGUUGCUUUUCUUCAUUGAGACCAACUUCUUCUGGAAACUGAAAAUCUCUUUCCGUAAGAUCUUUGAGAGAGAGAAAUUGUCACAGGUACAUAGCGUGCCAUCUUUGAUUUUCAAAGACGAUGAUGUGGAAGAUGAGAGAGAGAAAAUCCUGAAUUCACUUCCAAAGUUAUUGCAGGACACCCCUCUAAUCACUAAAGAACUCACAAAGGUGUAUGGCCAUAGGAAGACACCUAUCCUCACUGUGAACAGGAUCUCCUUCACAGUCCAGAAAAAAGAAUGUUUUGGGCUGCUGGGCUUCAAUGGAGCUGGGAAAACCUCCACCUUCAAAAUGCUGACUGGGGAAAACAUCAUCACAUCUGGAGAUGCCUUUAUCAAUGGAAAAAGCAUCUUCAGUAACCUCAAAACGUUGCAGGGACAAGUCAGCUACUGUCCUCAGUUCGAUUCCCUGCUGGACCACAUGACAGGACGAGAAACCUUAACCAUGUAUGCCCGGAUAUGGGGCAUUCCUGAGCCCCAAAUCGAGUUGUGUGUGAAAAAUAUGAUACAGAAGCUGCUUCUGGACCCUCAUGCAGACAAACUUGUCAAAAACUAUAGUGGUGGCAACAAGCGUAAGCUGAGCACUGGUAUUGCCCUUAUGGGAAAUCCCUCAGUUGUCUUCCUGGAUGAGCCAUCCACCGGCAUGGACCCUGUGGCUCGGCGCCUGCUCUGGAAUGCCGUGACCGAGAUCCGUCAGCUUGGCAAGGCCAUCGUCAUUACCUCCCACAGCCUGGAGGAAUGUGAAGCCCUGUGCACCAGGCUGGCCAUCAUGGUGAAUGGACAGUUCAAGUGUCUGGGCAGCCCACAGCACCUCAAGAGCAAAUAUGGGAGUGGCUACACCCUACUGGCCAAAAUUAAAGACUACACUAAAGAGGAAGAAAAGAUGGCAAUUGAGGCAUUCAAAACAUUUGUGGAAGAGACCUUUCCAGGCAGUAUCCUGAAAGAGGAGCACCAGGGGAUGGUCCAUUACCACUUGCCCAAAGAGAAUCUCAAAUGGUCAAAGGUGUUUGGCAUCUUGGAAGAAGUCAAAGACAGGUAUAAAUUGGAUGACUAUUCCGUAAGUCAAGUCUCACUGGAACAAGUCUUCUUGAGCUUUGCCCAUUUAUGACACUCAAAAGAAGAUGCAUCCUAGAGAGCAGUUCAUUGAACUUUGAGCCCCUUACCAUCUCCCUUUCCAUCCCAUUAUAUGUCACCAGUGUGUAUAGAUAUACCAGUUGACUCUGUGUAUGUGCAUAUCUUCAUGUAAAAAUGUAACAAUGAACUUCCUCAAGGAGGGAUUUUGCUUUCCAUUUUGAGUACAGAUGUACUUUGAGAUAAACAUUCAAGAAGUAGAUGAGUAUGAGGUCAGAAAAGAAGAAGUAGAUUUCUCAGAGCCUGAGACCAUUCAGUGUACUUCCUGUUACACUCAACAACUCCAUGGGAAUGCAGUGGCAGUGGGCUCCAUAGAGUAUACCACUUUGGCUAUUAGUGUACACUGCAAGUCAGCCUCCCAGGCAGUCACUACUGGAUGGAAACCACAGUACACAGAGUGAAUGUAGGAGGGGAAAGAAACAUAGGUGGAAGCCAUGAGUGGACCAAGUCGUUUCUAAAAACUCAUUGGGCAGUAUGGUGGCCUGGUCAAAUUUCAAUUGUAAAAUGUUAUUCUAGCAUUUAGUGGGCUCUGUCUGCCCAUAAGACUUGAACGGUGUAUCUUUACCCAAAGACUCUCUAGAAGUGUGAGAUAAACCAAACACAUCAAAGAGGAAGUUGGAGGGAAGCCUGUGGAACAAGAAAAAUUAAUUUAGAACAGGUGGUUGGUCUUAGCUGUGUUAGGAUGCCAGCAUAGGGAAGGAAGGUUGUCAUCUUGGUCGGAAUGAUUACUACCUGGAGACUAGGGCAAGUCCAUGUUGGAAUAUAUAAACAUCAGUACCCAGAAAAAGAGAAGUUAUAGAAAGCCUGCUGGCUGGCUCAUCGGGUUCUUAACCUAAGCACAUACUUAGUAUGCCUACUUAACAAGCCAGCAUUAUGUCAGUCACCCAAAUCAAAAGUCAGAGGUGUCUAUGGAUGAGGUCUGAAAACAGCAAACCCCACCCCCACCCAAUGCCUAACAUCAGUAGUUCAUGGAAGAGAUGGAACAUUCUCCUUCCAGCCUCACCCUGAUGGACACAAGUUCAAUAAAACGAUGGUGAAGCCCAUCUGAGACCAGUCGUCCCUUGGUUGGAUAUAGGUAUU